AUGAAACAAUCAGUUUAAAGAUACUCUGUAAAAAUCUUAUCUCAUGAAAUAAUUGAUAAAAAGGUUUAUUACAUAAUCAAUGUGUAUAACAUGGAAGGCGGUGAACCCAAAGAGACCAGAAAAAGGUAUUCUGAAUUAGAAUCAAUGCAUCAAAAAAUAUUGGAUUGGAUUAAUAUUUUUAAAAUAAGAAUUCAAAAUCUCAAUUUCCCAAAAAAAAAGUUACUCUUUCACACCAAUUAAAGUGAGGAAAGUAUAAUUAAGCGAGUAAGUUUUUUUAUUAUCAAAGAGAGGAGAACUAUAAUAAUAUUUCAAUUAAGUAUUAGCCUAUUCUGAAUUAUAAUGUUUGGAUGUAAUUGAAGAAAUGCUACCAAAAGAUAUUGUCAAUUAGAAACAAUUUGGAUAGCAAACUGAUAGAAAAUGGUAAGAGAUUUAAUAACUGAAAGAAUCAUACCUGGCUAAGCAUGGCGAUUCUAUCUUUUCAUUGCCUUAAAAAAAGAAUGGGAAUUCUAAUAAGUAUUUAAUUAAUGUAAAUAUAGAUAACAAUAUAUUUUUAAAUUUGAGGAUCAUAUUAUUAUUGAUGAUUGUAUUGUUUACACAAUUGAAGUAAAUGAUACAAUUACUCAAAAGAGAUGGAAGUUUAAUUAGCGUUAUUAAGAUCUAAGAGAUUAUCAUAAAUAGCUUAAGAAUCUUCGAUUUGAUUUUCCUCUUCCACAUCUACCUGAAAAGAAAUCUUUAAGUCCAAAAGAGAUACUAGAUUUAAGGGAAAGAAAAUCUUAGUUGGAGUAUUAUUUAAACAGAUUGUUUGGGUACUUAAUUAAUUCAAGUUUAGUUAUUAAUUAAUAGUUGAAAAUGAUAUUAUGGUGUUUUUCAUAGCCAAAAGUUAGCUUGAUGGAAAUGAGAUUGGCUGUAGAUCUAAAGGAAAUUCUUAAAAUACUUUGGAUGUAAUAUUAGUUUUUAUUAAAAGAAUUCAAGCAUCUAAUCCAAAACUCAAACUACAAUCGAAUAAAUUGACGAUGAAAAAAGAAUAAAUCGUAAGAUAACUUGCUGAAUGAGUGCCAUAUC